AGAGCAGCAGAACCGCCUCCCCCCUCCUAGCCCGGAGGCUGCAGCGGUUCCGCGCCGCUCCCCUGGGGCUGGCGAGGGAAGAUGGCCGGUCAGGGCGGCAGCAGCGCGGCGCCGCAGAGAGGCAGCGGCCGCGGGGUUGUGAUUUCAGACGAUUGGCCAGGCUACAGUUUGGAUUUAUUCACAUAUCCACAGCACUACUAUGGAGAUCUGGAAUAUGUGCUCAUACCUCAUGGUAUUAUUGUUGACAGGACAGAAUGCUUGGCCAAAGACAUCAUGCAAGACAUUGGAGACAAUAACAUUGUGGUUCUCUGUGUACUUGAAGGUGGCUACAAGUUCUGUGCUGACCUUGUGGAGCAUAUUAAGACUCUCAGUAGAAAUUCAGAAAGGUCCAUCUCCAUGACAGUUGACUUUCUCAGACUGAAAAGUUACCAUAAUGAUCAGUCUACACAAGAUAUGCAGAUAAUAGGAGGAGAUCUUUCGAAGCUGACUGGAAAGAGUGCGUUAAUUGUGGAGGAUAUUAUUGGAACUGGAAGGACUAUGAAGGCUCUGCUUAAUAACAUAGAAAAAUACAAGCCAAAGAUGAUUAAGGUAGCAAGUUUGUUGGUGAAAAGAACAUCCCAACCUGAUGGGUACAGACCUGACUAUUAUGGAUUUGAAAUUCCAAAUUUGUUUGUGUUUGUUGGAGCCUUGAAGAGUCUGUCAUUUUUCUCUCCCUUGAGGCUUUAUGUCAUGGCCAUGGUCCUUCCAGCAGAAGAGGACCAAAUAGAACUCCCUUCAGAACCUCAGACACUAUUCCUAGAGGAGUCAUUGUUAAGCAUUCACAUAUGUGUUAUCAAUGACAACGGCAAAGGAAAAUACAAAGUCUGAAGUAGUAGGGUCCAAGCCUGAAGAUCUGUACAUUCAGUGAACUGGAAAUUUGACUACAAUCCUUGAAACAUCUCCCUGAAAACUAAUUUAGUAGACUUAUGUUUCUUUCAUUUCAGUAUAAAAAGUGGUUUCCUCUAAGGAUAGUGACUUUGGUAUUCAGAAUUGAGUGCUCCUCUCUAAAUAUGAAGUAUUGGGCUUUUAAUGUAUUGCAGGUUUUAAAUACUAAAAUUACAACAUACUGUGUCUUGUGACUAAUAACUUAUCUACCUACAGACUUGUGAAUACAUCUUUUCUACAUUUAGUCAAUCACUCUAAGUCACUUGUUAUUUUUACAGUUUGUGUACCUUGGAAUGUCAUAUACAGUUGCUCAGCCAUAACUAUACAUUGUGUUUUAAAUUUGAUUUUGUAAUAUUGCCAAAAUGUAUUAACCAGAAAAUUCAGCAUCACUUUAGUUCAAAUCAAAUCCAACACUAAUGCUCAGUGUUAAUACAUACACUGUUAGGUUUCAAAUGAAUGUGUGUGUUUGUGUAUUUCUGACCACUAUUAUCUGCUCCAUUAGAAUAUUUUGAACUACAGUAUACAAUGAAUCUUAAUGAUGUUCUGAAAUAAACUUUUUCAGCACACUCUUGAUUUGAACUUUCAAGAUGAGAUGAUAAUGGUGUGUCAUAUAUGUAUGGAUGUAUUCAAAUGUGUUUAAUAUACUGAAUUUUAAUUGAAAGAAAACAAUGGUGGUGAGGCUUCAGUUUCUAAACUGUGUCUUUUUAUUUGUAUGGGACAUAAGUCACAGAAUGGACAAAAUGUUUUCAAGGGCAUAUUUCCAUAAUUAAAAAUAAUAAAGUACAAAAGUUUAAUGUUUGCAUGGCAGUUAUUCCAAUUAAACUUUGGUUUUCAUAAUAUUUUUAACAAAGUUAAGACAUUUCUAUAGUAAAUUGUCCUAUAUAGGAAUGCAGAAAUGACUGUUUAGAAGAGUUCUACUAUAAAAACAGUAAACAUUUAUAACAAAAAAUCAAUAUCAUAAAAAACAAGUCAGCAUCAUAAAUAUUGAAGACUCUAGAGACUUUCUGUUUUCCUUAAACAGCAUUUUUGAAAUAAGUUUGUUAAUUUACCAGUUGUGUUACUUUGAAAAAUGUAAUUAUGUGCUGCAUACAACUGUUCUCAAUAACUUCCUGAAGGAAGCAAAUGCCAAGUAAAUAACUGUAACAACAACAGCUUUGUUCUGAACUGUAUGAGGUAUAUUGUUAUUAGGCUCUGGUUUUCUUUAAACUAAUAAAGAAACAGUAAGAACACUUAUUACAUUA